AUGCUUAGCUCCAGCAUCAAGGCCAGUGCAUGCAGCAUAUUUACGUACUGGUGUGGAUUAGCCCUUGAACAUCAUGUGCAGUUUCAGCCUCAGGGUUCCAGGUUUGGUUUGCGGUCCGUCUCGCGCCACAAAUUUCAGGGCGCGGCAAACUGCGCAACCCGAAAGGCCCUUUAUCCCAAACUUGUUCAAGAUCUUGCAAGACUCGCCCGCGCCGCUCCGAACCGCAGCUGUGGAGCGCCCGCACGUGUUGCCCUCCCUUCGCCACACGUGCGCGCCUCUGGCGACAUGUCGGAGGUCGAGGAGACCCUCAACCGGAUCAAGACCCAUCGCGGGGUCUCCGGCAUUGUCAUCGUCAAUGCCGAGUCUGUUCCGAUCCGUUCAACCUUGGACAAAAAGCAGACCGAGCAGUACUCUGAACUGGUUUCGCAGCUCGCGGCCAAGGCGCCCUCGUGGCCUUGUCGCCUCAUUUACAAGCUUGUGUUUUUCUGCAGACCUUUGUUUGGUUUUUGA